GGAGCGGGGUCCUUGGCUCGGAGGCGGCGGCUGCCCGGCCCGGGAGGCGCAGGCAAGUAGGCAGGCAGGAUGGCGACGGCAUCAGCAGCCUCCGCGUCCGCAGCGUCGUCUGCGGCCGGUGCCUCCGAGAAGGAGGCGAGCCAGCAGAGCAGCCUGGGCGCCUACUCGCCCGUCGACUACAUGAGCAUCACCAGCUUUCCCCGCUUGCCCGAGGAGGAGCCCGGCGGCGGCGGCGGCGCCCCCGAGAGCUGCCUGCGCUCCAGGAAGGAGGAAGACGCGUUCCUGGCCGAGCAGGACACGGGUGAGAGCGGGAGCCGCCUGCCUGCCUGCUCCCUGCACCCUCCAUCCGACCAUGACUCCAUGCUCCAUCCUCCCAUCCACCUCCGCUGCCUCCAGCCUUCGUCCACAAGUCCUAAGCAAGCAUCUUCCCGCAUCUCGCCCCCCUCCUGCGCCAUCCCUUCCUCCUCCCCUUCCCCAGAAGCAUUUGGCACCGGCAUUUGGAUGGCGCAGCAGCCAUCCCUCGCCUCCUCUGAACGUCCCGGCCCCGGGAUCGGGACCCCACUUCUCUGCAGCCAUAUUUGACUCCUGAGCCUCCUCUCCCCACCCACCCAUAGCGGAGAAUGGUGCUGCGUGAGCAUCGCUCUUCCCCCUGGGUACCAACUCCUUGCACAUCCCUGCCAUUUCCCUUCCUCCUGUCUUUGCCGCUCUCCACCUUUCUCAUCCCCAUCUCCCAUUUCAUUUCCUCUCCUUUUCUGCUCUGCUACUUUCCCCUAUGGGGCAAGAAAGUGAGUGGCUCUCCAGUCCUCCGCCCCUCCAGAUCUUGCAGCCCACCCUGUGUUUGCUUCUCCACAGAAUACCCUUUUGUGCUAAAGCAGCCUCCUCCAUCCUCAUUAUCUUCCCAACUCUCCCACCUUCUCUGAAAGCUCCAAAUCAGCAUCUCAUGGUUUUAUUUCCGCCCCUUUGGGUGGGGGUGACUGGAUGAGCCUUCCCCAAAAUGUUGAUUUUCACAGUACUGCCAAGUUAAUUACCGAGCCUAGUCACUCCCAUCCUACAUUAUGUCGAGACUUUAUGUGGCAUCCUUUUGUUCUGUAAUGCCUGAAAAAUGGGGAGGGAUGGGGACAGAGGUCCUUCCCUUUAUCUCUGUGAAGAUAAUUGGAAAACAUAGCAAGGGCAGAGUUUUCUGUUCUCUCACCAGCUAUUGGCAAGCAUUAAGACUGCCCUUGGAGACUUUUACUCUUUUUGUAUCAGAUCUGCACUGCAAAAGCCAGAUGAAAUUUGGCAGAGGUAGCCAAGACCUAUCCAACUUAAAUGCAGAUUCCACUAGUUCUUGCAAUGUGAUUGUACUGGGACAACGUGCAAAGUAGAGUUUCUGGUUGCUGCCCCCGUCUCAUAAUUGGAGCUCUCUGAGCCACCCAUUGAAACUGAUUGGCAGAAGCUUUAGGAUUGACAAAAGGAAGUACUCCUUCAUUCAGUGUGCAGUUACGUUUGCAGUUCACUGCCAUCAGCUUAUAUUGCUUUCUAAAAACGUUUAAACAGACUUAUAGUGGAUAGGUCAGAAUAGCCAAAUAGAACCUCCAUGUUACAGAGAUAACUGCUGUGAAUCUCAGAUACUGGUGAUAACUCACAAGAGGAAAGCAAGAAAGAUCCAUACUUGGCAUAUUUUUUGUAGCCAGAUUUUUGAAUGACCUAACAGGUAUCAGAUAUGUAAUUUGGUACAUCCUCCUGCAAUGAACCAUGAGCUUUUCUUUCUCUACCUCUACUAUAAUGUGGAAAGUGAGACACACAAAUCUUUCCUUGAAUGAGACUUGGGAGUCUAGUACUCUUCUGGAUUUUACAGGUCUUGCAUUACUAGACAAAAUUAUUGAUCUUCACUUUAAAAUAGAAGCAAAGGGGGGAGGGAAGCAGCAGGUUUCACCCCCUCCUUUGUAGCAUAUGAAGGAUCUCUUGGAAGAUUCAGGACACUGAAACCGAUAUGUAAAAGAAGUGCUUCACUUUUAUUUCGUUGUCCCAUCCUGACUCACCACCAUUCUUGUGUUUUCGUAUUUUUCAUUUCCAUUUGGUCUGCUCACUCCAAGCUUCUGAAAUUUGCAAAAUCUAAAUAAACGUUUCAGUUUGGCACCCCC